AUGCGCGCUAGUUAGCAGUAAUAAGUAGUGAACAGUAACAAUAAUAAUGCAAUUAGCAAAGAAUACAACAACUUAGAAAAGUAAAUUGAAAAGGUUAUGGAAUGUAAAAUUCUCCCUGAAGCUGAAGUCAAAUCUAUAUGUGAAAAAGUGAGAGAAAUUUUGAAGAAUGAACAAAAUGUUUAAAAUGUAAAAGCUCCUGUAAUGGUUUGCGGUGAUAUACAUGGAUAAUUUUAUGAUUUGAUGGAAUUAUUUGCUAUAGCAGGAAAAUUACCUGAAACUAAUUAUUUAUUUAUGGGUGAUUAUGUAGAUAGAGGUUAUCAUAGUAUUGAGUGUGUUACUCUUUUGUUCUUGUUGAAAAUUAGAUAUAAAGAUCGUAUAACAAUUUUAAGAGGCAAUCAUGAAAGCAGAUAAAUUACAUAAAGCUAUGGCUUUUACGAUGAAUGUUUAAGAAAAUAUGGAAAUUAUAAUGUAUGGAAUUAUUUUACUGAAACUUUUCAUUACCUUCCAAUUACUGCAUUGGUAGAAGGAUAAUUUUUUUGCCUUCAUGGUGGCUUAUCUCCUAGUAUUGAUACACUAGAUCAUAUAAGAUAAAUAGAUAGAAUAUAAGAUGUUCCUAGUGAGGGUGCAAUGUGUGAUUUAUUAUGGUCAGACCCUGAUGAUAGAUCAGGUUGGGGUAUGUCACCAAGAGGUGCAGGCUUUACUUUUGGAUAAGAUAUAUCUGAGUAAUUUAAUCAUGUGAAUGAUAUAAAAUUAAUUGCUAGAGCACAUUAACUAGUCUUAGAAGGUUAUUAAUAAACUCACGAUAAAAAUGUUGUAACAGUUUUUUCCGCACCUAAUUAUUGCUAUAGAUGUGGUAACUAAGCUGCUUUUAUGGAAUUAGAUGAGCAUAUGAGAAUGACAUACAUUUAAUUUGACUCUGCUACAAAUGAUGAUGGAGGUAGAGUGAAUAAAAGAGUUCCUGAUUAUUUUUUAUGA